UAUUAUAAACAAUGUAGACAUGAGCUUGUUUAUAAUUGUUUUCUGGAUGCCCAAAAGUAUUGCUCUAUUCAAAGAAGGGAUUAAACAGAAAAUGGGGAUUUGACCAUGCUGCUCUCCAUGGUGCUGAAAUUUCAACUUGCUUCUUUCGCAAAACCAAAGGGAACAGUGUCAUUCAUUUUGUGACAAUUUUACACUUCACGAGUAUAAAUGAAAAGAAUGUUGUUGCUUUAGUAGCAAAUCAGAGCCAUCCCGUAAAUAGCUUCAAUACGUUUCACUUGGCCAUUGCUUCUUGCUAUUUUUUUCUGAAUUUUCAGUCGCUUGAUGAAUGAAGUCACAUGAUACAGGGCAUGAUCAUUUAUUAUGCGAAUACUUAUAAUGUCCUGUAGAUGUCGCUUUGACACCAAUAACGCCAUGAGAUACCAGGCCGUCCUGCUGGCAUUGUCUGGAAUCGGAAGAGAGCAUUCAUUUGUUCCGGCAUUCUGAGCAGUGCGGUUUGGUUCCGUAAUCAUAAAGCACACAGCGGUGGGGCUGUGCGAUUUUGUUGUUGUCUUGUAUUUAGCUUUCAUCGUUCUAGAACAACAAUGAAAGAAAAACGAGGAUGUAAAACGAGGAGCUUUAUAUUUUUAUUUUUUCUACAUUCCACUCUGCUGCUGUUUUUCGGGGAGCGGGCUUUGGCAGAGCUACGCUACUCCAUUCCAGAGGAAAUGGCGACUGGAACUGUUGUGGGCAAUGUUGCAAAAGAUCUUGGAUUGGACAGAAGCUCACUGAGUGACAGGCGUUUCAGGGUGGUGUCAGGAGCCACGGACGCAUAUUUUGAGGUAAACGCCGACAAUGGUGACCUGCAGGUCCGACGCAAAAUUGACCGGGAGGAGCUUUGUCAAGGGAGCGGCGCCUGCUCAAUUGAACUCAAGGUCCUGGUUGAGAAUCCUCUCGAGGUGCAUUAUGUAGUGGUAGAAAUAACCGAUGUAAACGACCACAGUCCUAUUUUUUCUCAAAAGAAACAGCUUUUUGAAAUAGCUGAACAUUCGUCUCCAGGAACACGAUUCCAGCUGCAUGCAGCCCGAGAUCCAGAUGCUGGAAUUAAUUCUGUGCGCACAUACACGCUGACGUCUAAUGAACAUUUUGAACUGGACAUUGUUCAGAGUGAUGAUGAAAAAAUACCGUUUUUGGUCCUGAAACGGUCAUUAGACAGAGAACAGAAAAAUAAACACUUCCUAUUUGUUACUGCAGUGGAUGGGGGCAAACCUACAAAGUCAGGCACGCUCAAUGUUUCCAUUAUUGUGCUUGAUAUUAAUGAUAAUCGACCCAUGUUUAGUCAAGACACGUACAAUGUUGAAAUAUAUGAAAACGUGCCAAGUGGUACAAUUGUUGCACGAGUCAAUGCAACAGAUCCAGAUGAAGGUACAAACGGUGAAAUAGAAUACAGCCUCAGCAAGACUUUGGCAAGCAAAGUGUCUGAUAUUUUUGAAAUGGAUCGUUUGAGUGGCCAAAUUAAGUUGAAAGGCCCUGUGAACUACGAGGAAUCAGAGAUUUAUAAAAUAGAAAUUGAGGCCUCUGACAAAGGAACACCUCCACUGACAAGCAGGUGUCGUGUGGUUGUAAAAAUAAAAGAUGUCAAUGAUAAUCCCCCGAUAAUAGAAGUGACAUCAUUCUCAAAUAAAGUGUCAGAGGAUUCAAAGCCUGGUACAGUUAUUUCCCUCAUUAGCGUUAUGGAUAAAGAUUCUGGUGUGAAUGGCAAAAUCAUUUUGCACAUCACCAACAAUGUGCCGUUUGAAUUGAAACCUUCCUAUAAGGAGAACACCUAUUCAGUUGUCACAAAGGGAUUGUUGGAUCGUGAGGAGGUUUCUCAUUAUGAAAUAACAAUUAAAGCUACAGAUUGUGGAGAUCCCCCUCUUUCUAGUUUUAGAACAUUUGACAUAGAGUUAUCUGAUGUGAAUGACAACAGUCCACGUUUUGAACAAAGCCUGUUAAAUUUUUACCUGAUAGAAAACAACAUUGCCGGAGCAUCAGUAUUCUCCUUAAAGGCAACUGAUAAUGAUGUAGAUGAAAAUGCAGUUAUUCAAUAUAAAAUAGCUCGAGCCGAGAAGGAUAAGCCAGUAUCAUCCUUUAUGAAUAUAAAUUCUGAAAAUGGAGACGUUACAGCUUUGAAAAGUUUUGACUUUGAGACACUGAAAAGUUUCCAGUUCCAAGUGGUGGCCACCGAUGGUGGGAGUCCUCCCUUGAGCAGCAACGUGACAGUCAAGGUGUUCAUUCUGGAUCAGAACGACAACGCUCCAGUCAUCCUGUAUCCGGUCAGCUCCAACGGUUCUGCCCAAGGGAUGGAGGAGAUUCCCCGCAACAUCAAAGCGGGAGAUUUGGUGACCAAAGUCCGAGCCUACGAUGCCGACAUCGGCUAUAACGGCUGGUUGCUCUUUUCGCUGCAGCGAGUCAGCGACCACAGUCUGUUUUCUUUGGACCGCUACACGGGCCAGAUCAGAACACUUCGCUCCUUGACGGAGACGGACGAGGCCGAGCAUCGCCUGCUGGUCCUGGUCAAAGACAACGGCAACGUGUCGCUCUCGGCGACAGCUACCGUGACUGUCAAACUUGUGGAGCCCAAAGAGGCUUUUGCCGCUUCCGACGUGAAAAGUGCGGCCACGAUGGACGAGGAGGACAAUGUGACUUUUUACCUGAUGAUCACUUUGGGCUCAGUGUCGCUCCUUUUUAUCAUCAGCAUCGUGGUGCUGAUCGCCAUGCAGUGCUCCAAGUCCACCGAGUACACUUCCAAAUAUCUGCAAGAAACCAAUUAUGAUGGCACACUGUGUCACAGCAUCCAGUACAGAUCGGGAGACAAACGCUACAUGUUAGUUGGACCUCGAAUGAGUAUCGGCUCCACCAUAGUACCAGGGAGCCACGCCAACACGCUGGUGCUCCCUGACAGGAGACACACUUCUGGCGAGGUAAGAUAGAUAUAAUUUUUUACCUGCUGAUUGUUUACAAUAAGCGAUGCCAUUCUUCAGAGUAUUUUAAAAAUGCUGAAUACCAAGUGACCAUGGUAAGACUUACAUAUUGUUCUAAAAAGGACUUUGCAUAUUGGACUUACAUGUUGUUUCAGUUUGCUGCUCUUCAUUCAUUCG